CUACUAUUUGAGAUGGUAAAUCCAACCUACACAAAUGUCUCCCGAUCCACAUGUUAAGGAGAUUUAUUUGUCUCAACAAGACAUCUUGAUGCCAAUGAUGCGGGAGGUGGAUGAGUCAUUCGAAUCGAAUCACAUUCAAGCCAGCUUGAAAAGGAGCUCGCAGCAGAAAAAGACGACGACAAAGACUCACUAGUUGUCUAGUUUGAGUUUCCCACUGAACUGCGCCAUCUCGCUCAAUUGGCCUCGCUCCUUCCCCUCCCAUGGCGUCGCUCUCUUUCUCACUCUCCUAUGAAAGAGAAGAUAGAUCUUAAUUACCCACUUCUUAAAUAAAACUGUCCGGCUCUUUAGUUUAAAAAAAAGGGAACACAAGAUCGGGAAACUCGGCAAAGGUCGCCACCAUUUAUCGUCUCUCCCCGAUCCAAGAAGGCAUCUCUCAGUUCCCGUCUUCGAAGCUCGCCGGCCGACGCACGGAAGCAACCGAGUACACAAAUCCACAUCCACAGUCUCUCGGAUUCCCAGGUGAAAAUUUGUGACCCCCCAAUUCAUGAAUUUGAGGGUACAUCGCUGCUUUUCCUUUCUCCCUAAACCGGAGUAGCCUAGGGAUUUCAGACCCAGAAAAUGGGGAUUCUCAUGUUACUGUUUGGGAUUUGACGAAUUUGCCGGUUCCCCACUUUUGGGUUUGGAAUUGGAUUUUCUGAUGGAUACUUUUAUGAAAUGCAUGUUCUUAGACAUUGGAUUUGCUCUCAUCUAGAUUAUCAUUUCAUUAAAUGCAUGGGUUCUUCUUUCCUUUUCAGGGAAAGAGGCGAGAGAGGGAAACAAUUUGUGAUCUCUUUUGUUCAUUAAUUGAGAAAAAAGUUCCAAGCUUGGAUCCAAUUCAAUAAAAGGGGAUCGGGCGGUUUUCGGGUUUGUUGCUUGGUCCCUUUCAGAAGCAACUGAAUUGGGGGAUGUUUUCCCCUAUUUGGGCAAGUUUUCUUCUGGAUUCGGAAAUGCAACAAUGACUUCUGGUUGGUCCAAAGGCUCUGCUACCAUGGCAGCUUCUGCUGCAUUCCCAAGAUCUCUUGCUUACAUCACUGCAUCAGUGGCAGGGCUUGCUGUGUUUUUGUUCUUAGCUUCGUUGCUCUUGGUCUCGAAUCCGUUAUCUUCUACAGUUCAGGGAUACUUUUACAAGGUUGAUACACCGAAAGUGAUUCUUCCUCCAGUUAUUCCACAGAAUCAAAAAGAUAGUUAUAGUAAUGUAGAUGUUGGUGAUCGUAAGAGCCCGCCAUCUGGGUCUGAUUUUGAAGUAAAACCCACGAGUUUGAGCGGUGUUAAUGGUAGUGUAAGCGAGAGUGUGAGGUAUUCUUCGCCAUCUGGUUCGGAGUCAAAUGUGGAUGUUCCUGAUAGUAAUAAAGAGCGAAAAGAGGAGUCCGUGAAGGAAGAUGUUCAUGUCCAAGUUCCGGCUGGUAAUGAGGAAGCAAAAGAGGAGCCCGCGAAGAAAGAUCGUCUGGCUGACACGAAGGAUUUGGGUAUUAAGAAUCCUGCUAGUGUAGAUGCAUCUACUAAUAAAGAAGCGAAAGUGGAGCCCGAGAAGAAAGAUCGUCUGGAUGACACAAAGGAUUUGGGUAUUAAGAAUCCUGCUAGUGUAGAAGCAGCUACUAAUAAAGAAGCGAAAGUGGAGCCCGAGAAGAAAGAUCGUCUGGCUGACACGAAGGAUUUAGGAAUCAAGAACCCUGCUAUUGUUGAUGAAGAAGUAUCCAAGGGUGCAAAAGUUGCAGAGGCUAGCUCUGUCCCAUCUGCUGCAGAUCCCAAAUUGAAGAGCGGGGAAGAAAUAUCUGCUGCAGCUAGCAAAGAGGUUACAACAGGAAAUGGUUCAGAUGAUUCAGGAUGUGAUCUCUUCAAGGGAACUUGGUUUUAUGACCCACGUGGGCCCUUAUACACGAACAAUAGCUGCCCGGUCAUUACACAGAUGCAGAACUGCCAAGGAAAUGGAAGACCCGAUAGAGAGUACGAGAGUUAUCGGUGGAAACCAUCGCAAUGUGACCUCCCUCGUUUCGAUGCCAAAAAGUUCCUCGAACUGAUGAGAGGAAAAACCCUAGCUUUCAUUGGCGAUUCAGUGGCUCGAAACCAAAUGGAGUCAUUGCUCUGUCUUCUCUGGCAGGUGGAAGUUCCAAAAAACAGAGGGAACAAAAGAAUGCACCGAUACUACUUCAGAUCAACAUCUACCAUGAUCGUCCGAAUGUGGUCCUCGUGGCUCGUCCAUCAAACUCCAGAAGCCAUAGACUUCGCUCCGGAGGGCAUCACAAAGGUCCACCUCGACUCUCCAGAUGAGAAUUUCAUGGAAUUCGUCCCAACCUUCGAUGUAGUCGUUCUCUCCUCGGGUCACUGGUUCGCCAAGCAAUCGGUCUACGUGUUGAAUAACCAAAUCGUGGGAGGACAGCUGUGGUGGCCUGACAAGUCUCGGGAAGCUAAAAUCAACAACAUCGAAGCUUUCGGGGUAUCAGUAGAGACCAUUGUGGCGUCGAUGCUCACACACCCAAAUUUCACUGGGUUGACCAUCCUGCGGUCAUAUUCACCCGACCACUACGAAGGUGGGGCCUGGAACACUGGUGGCUCCUGCACUGGGAAGACGAGGCCUCUGGAGCCUAAACAGCUGAUGAAGAAUGACUACACCGACAUAAUGCACGAGAAGCAAAUGACAGGGUUUCGUCGUGGGAUCGUGAAGAAGACGAAUAAAUCAAAGUUUGUAAUGAUGGACAUUACUGGAGUGUUCAGUUAUCGGCAUGAUGGGCAUCCGGGGCCAUACCGGAGUCUUGAUCCAAACAAGAGGACUCAAUUUGGCCCGGAUGGAAAGCCUCCCCCGCAGGAUUGCUUGCACUGGUGCAUGCCUGGUCCAAUCGAUACGUGGAAUGAACUCGUGCUCGAGAUCAUAAGGAGAGAACAUGAAGGCAAAAAGAGCUCCUCAUCUUGAGGAGGAGAUGCCAGUUGAAAGGGAAAGAGGCCGGUCAACCAGCGGGACUUAACUUAUAUUGUAGAAUGAGGUUUUGUAGCCUAGUCCUUACUCCCUUCACCUCUGUUUUCCUUUGUUGCCUCAUUUGUUGUUUUGUUUGUUCACCAUAGAAGAAGGUAAGUCUUUAUUAGAAUUCAGCUGCUGUACCAGAUAGAGCAUUGUUGUGGCUAGUAUGCCUCCUUACAAGGGCCUCUGCACUUUGUAUACACGAUGGAUUCACAAUAAAUGAGAACAUGCUUGUUCUUCACUCCCAAGAGAUUCACCAUCGUUGCUUUAUCUUUCAAUAGUCUAUUAAUUUGGGAUCUCUGUCUGCUAUUUUCUUAAAACUUUUGGCAGGAUGAAGAGUGGAUGAGAAAUCUCAUGCCCAAGCUGCUCAGCAUGUUAGGGGGCUAUACUUUGCUUGUCCUUUACUCCUUAGAAAGACCCAAAUAAAAAAUUCUCAAAAUU